AUGACCUCCGACUCGAGCUCCUCCACGCACUCCGAUUCGCUGCCUGCUGCUCUGCAUCUCCCCUCGCCGUUUGCAGACACGGGCAAAGAGACUGCCCACCUCGCCUUUGCACCGAUAGCGCUGGCGCAAUACCACAACAUAGUCGAAAAACUGGCCUCCAACAACGUCUACCGCAUCCUCCGCGCACCCGGGCCCAUUCGUGUAUGGGUCUACCGAUCGCUACUCGCCGAGCACCAACUGUGGAAUGACUGGGACCGCCGCGCGCCAUCACCGCCCGACGUGAAGCCUGAGACGGAGCCCGCCAUGGCCGAAGGCAGCAUCAACGACACGGAGAGCGUGGGCGACUCGGAGCGGCCCGAGAGCUCGUCCCGCAUGACCGCGCGCCCCUACCUCACCCGACUACGCCUCGCGCUCGCGCCCUAUACCGUUCAUUUCCACAACCCGGGCUAUGUCCGGGACGAUACACUGCGCAUGCUAGAGCGCGACGUGGUGAAGAAGACGCUGGAAGAGUCGCGGAAGAGCCUCGAGUUGCGCGAAGAACUCGGUCUCUCGUGGGAGUUCUGGGACGAUCUCGCGGGCGUGCUCAAAGCCGCUAUCCCCUCGCUCGAACGCCGCUGUUUCGCUGCGCCGGAUCCUGCUGCGCCUGAAUAUGAGGGUCUGUCGGGCCCGCUCAUCGCAAGCUAUUCGCCGAGCCUGCUUAGGGAUCUGGAACGGCUGAAUCAGCUUGUGUGUAUUGCAAGGAAUGUGCAGGUACAUGGCGAGAGGGUGCAGAAUUUGAGUGCGGACAGACUCUUUGACAAGGACAUUUUUGCAUUGAUCAAUGUCUGUGUACGCGUUACGGCGCGGGGCUACGAUGGCGAGGCUGGAACCCAAGACGAAGACAAAUGGCAGGGCGUCAUCAAUGCGUACAAGAAGCUGCUCAUCACUUGUUUGCAGUUCCUUAACAAUCUCAUCGCGCGGAACGAGCAGCGGAAGCUGAUGCUUUGGAUCGAACUGUUCGAUAGUCAUCUCGAUAACGAACUGCCCAACUUCGCAGACAUGAAGUACAAGAUGGACGAGUUUCCGCAACAAGAUCAAGGCCCGCCACCGGAGGAGCAGCCUCUGCCCACUCACGCAGCGCGAAGUCUGGACGCGUUCAAGAUUCCUCAACAGCCUGCGUCUUCGCCAUUCCUCCUCUACAUUGGCGAGACUGGCAACGACGUCAAGAAGGCGCUGAUACAUCAUGGUGUCAAGGCAGGUGCCAAUGAAAUUGCGGCCGAGUGCAGGCGGAGGUGGCAGACCAUGGGUGAAGAGGAGAAGAACAAAUGGAACAUGCUCUAUGCAGAUGUCGUUGCCCGAUAUCGCGAUCAGAUCACUCAAACCAGCACAUACCGCAAAGUCGUGGAUCAGCAUGCCAAGAACGAAGAGAGUGUACAGGCGCUGGCGAAAAGCAUCAACCAACUCCAAGUGGAGGUCGACAGGAUGCGGUCGUCCAUCACAGCUCUCCCUGGCGACGAGUCCAACAGCGAACAACCAUCCCAACCCACAGCGGAGAAGCAAUCCCCGAAACCAGCAUUGGAUGACUCGUUACUAGAUCCCAGCAUCAAACGGUCUCCCCCGGCAGGUGAGAUCGAUUUCCGUGUGACAUACCCGCCAUCCUUCGGUGCGGAGAUACUCCAAAAUGGCAAAGAAGAUCUGCUUAAGCGGCUGGAGCCAGACCCCGACCGUCCAUCAGGGCUAAUCAGUGACGUAGCGUCUCCUACCUCUCCUCCGCCAGAGGAUGACGAUGACAAUGAUGACGACUACGAUGACAUACCUGGUGAUGAAGGCCGAGGGUUGCUCACAGACGUUCCGCUUAUUCUGGGUCCUACUGAGAUUGAGGUUCUACCUAUGAUCAUCAUGGCUGGAAUCGUUGAGCCGACGGAGGGACAGCCUGGUCAUCAUUCCGAUCCGACUGUUUUCAGCAGUGUCAGGAGCAUGCAUGGGGUUCGGUGUCAUUUGCUUCUUGCGCAGGACAAUGGCCGGAAUCUGCUGCGCGAGUUGUUGAUCUUUGUUGCUGCUUGGGAUCUGCGCGAGGAAGAGUUGUACUUCAAGUUUAUGGUCAAGAUUAUGGAGGCUAUUCUUGCCAAUCAGCUGCUGCCGUUUGCUUAUCACGCCUUUAGAGAGUCUGAAUCCAAGGACAUCAUCUCUCCGGCUCAGGCAGUCAUCAUGAAACUUCUCACAAACAUCUUCCGCGCCAGACAGGCCCGCGCCCAGCCCACGAAGGGUCAUCUCAAGGCAAACCACCCGCAGGUCGACCAAGGCGAUGUUCACAUGGUCAACUUCCUACUUACCGAGUUCCGUCGCCAUAUCAUCCCCCAGACAUGUGCCCUCAUCUUCCUGCAAGGCCAAAUCCGCGCGGGACAUGCGCAACCCGAAGACUUCCCUCUUAAUCUGUGGGACAUGGAACGCAUGUAUGAGGGCGUUUACCAGUACCUAGAGUUCUUCGCCAUUCUUACAGAACACGAGACAUGGAAGAGGAUGCUGAGCAAUUGGGAGAUCUCACAUGAACUGGUCACCCUACUGAAAGAACUGGACGCAGCGAUACCCAAGGGUCAGCUAUCGCCGCCUCCGCUGAGGAAUGUCCAGCACGCGCCACCACCUCCAGCCCCAGUAGAGGUCCACAUCCCUCCGUCACACCAGCAGCAAGACCAGCAACAGCCACCGCAACCCCAACCAGUCGCUGUCGAACGACCGUACGACACCACAGCCGGCGCAGCCGAAGCCUACAUCCCUCCACCCACCUCACCAUCACCCCGACCCUACAUGGACGAAGCAGCCGACGAGCCCUCAGACUUCGAAUGGCGCAAUCUGAAGAAACUCGCCGUCCUCGUCCUCAGCUCCCUGGUCUGGAAGAACAAGCACGUCCAAGACCAAAUACGGCCAUUGGGUGGUAUUGAGGCGGUGUUGAACUGCUGCUCCUACGACGAACAUAACCCUUAUAUCCGCGAACACGCUAUAAUGUGUCUCCGCUUCCUUAUGGAAGGCAAUAAAGAGAAUCAAGACCGUAUUCACGCGCUGGAGAAGUAUAAUCAAGAUGCCAAUGCGAAAGCAAAAGCGCCCGCCGCACCAGCCGCGGCAUCAAGCCCACACCCAAACUCGAACCCUGCUCCAGGCGAGAGCAGCGGAAGUGGAAGUGGAAGUGGCAGUGGUAGUGGUAGUGUUGGGGGCAGCAGCAACCGAUCAGCAGUCAACGUCCGCGUCCCCGACGAAGUGCUCGACCAACAAGGGUACGAAACCUACAUGGACAAACAAGGCCAGGUCAUGCUGAGGAAACGUCAACAUGUGCCGCAGUCUUCGAUGCACCAGCAGCAGCAAUUGCCGAUUCAGAAUACGGAGCUGACGAAGGGGACAGAUAAUGGGGGUCAAAACAUGGGCAACAACACCAACGGUACUGGCAAUGGCAAUCCUGGCAGUGCAAGUAACACCGGCAACCCUACCACCAAAGGCAAAGCCAAGUCAGACUCCGCCCAAGCUGUCUGGGAUAACAUGCGCGCUACUGCCUUAGGUGGGAUUGGUGGUACGAUGACGGGUGCAGGGGGUGGUGUGCGCGAUCCUAAGGCGCUGGAGGAGAUGGUGGAGCGCGUUAUGCAUAAUCUGCCCAGGUUGCAGGGCUUGAGGGGUGGGGAGGAGAGGGCGGUCGAGGUGGAGGAGGCGCUGAAGAAGUUGGAUAGGGGGUUUGAUGGGGGGAGUUAG